GUGCUGCUGUCCCCGGGCCUGGGGAGUCCCAGCGCGGACGGGGAGGCGAGCGGUGGCGGAGGAGAUGGCUUCCCAGCCGCCUCCUCCCCCGAAACCCUGGGAGACCCGGCGAAUUCCUGGGGUCGGGCCGGGCCCGGGCCCCGGCCCCUCUUUCCAAUCUGCUGAUUUGGGCCCUACUUUAUUGACAAGACCUGGACAACCAACACUUACCAGAGUGCCCCCACCUAUUCUUCCAAGGCCAUCACAGCAGACAGGAAGCAGCAAUGUGAAUACUUUCAGGCCUGCUUACAGUUCAUUUUCUUCAGGAUAUGGUGCCUAUGGAAAUUCGUUUUAUGGAAAUUAUAGCCCUUAUAGUUAUGGAUAUAAUGGGUUGGGCUAUAACCGCCUCCGGGUAGAUGAUCUGCCACCCAGUAGAUUUGUUCAGCAAGCUGAAGAAAGCAGCAGAGGUGCAUUUCAGUCCAUUGAAAGUAUUGUGCAUGCAUUUGCCUCCGUCAGUAUGAUGAUGGAUGCUACCUUUUCAGCUGUCUAUAACAGUUUCAGGGCUGUAUUGGAUGUAGCAAAUCACUUUUCCCGAUUAAAAAUCCAUUUCACAAAGGUUUUUUCAGCUUUUGCAUUAGUCAGGACUAUAAGGUAUCUUUAUAGACGGUUACAGUGGAUGAUAGGUUUAAGAAGAGGCUCUGAGAAUGAGGACCUAUGGGCAGAAAGUGAAGGAACUGUGGCUUGCCUUGGUGCUGAGGACAGAGCAGCUAACUCAGCAAAAUCUUGGCCAAUAUUCUUGUUCUUUGCUGUUAUCCUUGGUGGUCCUUACCUCAUCUGGAAACUGCUGUCUACCCAUAAUGAUGAAGUAACAGACAAUACCAACUGGGCAAGUGGUGAGGAUGACCACGUAGUUGCUAGAGCAGAAUAUGAUUUUGCUGCUGUAUCUGAAGAAGAAAUUUCUUUCCGUGCUGGUGAUAUGCUAAACUUAGCUCUCAAAGAACAGCAACCCAAAGUGCGUGGUUGGCUUCUGGCUAGUCUUGAUGGUCAAACAACAGGACUUAUACCUGCUAAUUAUGUAAAAAUUCUUGGUAAAAGAAGAGGUAGAAAAACAGUGGAAUCCAGCAAAAUUUCCAAGCAGCAACAAUCUUUUACCAACACAACACUAAUUAAAGGAGCCACGGCUGCUGAUUCUUUGGAUGAACAGGAAGCUGCCUUUGAAUCUGUGUUUGUUGAAACUAAUAAGGUUCCAGUUGCACCUGAUUCCACUGGAAAAGGUGGAGAUAAACAAGAUCUUUGAUAUCUUUCAUGUUUGCCUGCAAUCAAACUAGACUUUUUAAAAAUUACUUCUUACAAAGAAAUUAAUCUACAAUCUGAUGAGCACAUUUGUUAAUGGCUAUUCCAGGUGUUUUGCUGCUAGAAAUUAUUAAAGUUGUACACUAGUAUGUUGGUCUAGUGACCUGGUUACAUUUUACAAGUUAUUGGACUAUGAGGAUAUUUGUUUCACCUAAAUUUUAAGAUUAUGGAGACUGCUGUCAUUUUCAUCUUCUUUAAAAUCCUAUGUUUAUGGAAAGUAAAACUGAUGAACUAUAGAAUACACUGUUUGCUACAGUAGGGGUCUUUAAUGCUUUUUAAAGUUAGAGCUUAAUUGAUUUGGAAUCCUCAGAAAUCGAGCGAUAACAUAAAUAUGAGAACAGGCAAAAAGCUCCUUUUUUUUUUUUACAACUUUAAACUGAAUAAUAAAAAUUUUAUGAUCUGUGUUAUAUCCAGUCUUGGGUUUGCUUUAGGCAGUAAUAUGUCUUUACCUACCAACAAUUGAUACAUUUUAUUGUAUUUUUAAAAACUUACCUUGCAAAGGUCACUAGAAGUAUUCUGAAGGAGAUGAUUCUAGAGUGAUAUUUAACCCUUAAAGGUUUUCCUGCUAGUAAAAAGGCUGAAAUUUAUCUUUCUUACAGAUUAUUUCCAUUUCUUCUGAGGAUCAUAGAACUUUUUAUCCCCUUACAAUAUGCCUAGAUUUCAUCCUACAUAAAUCAGAAUAUAUGCAAGAUUCGUUUUCUUUUUCUCUAGCCAAGACUCAAAUCCUUUGAGUUUGCACAUAACAGAAUAAUCAGUUCUAGCAGUAAUGAUUUAAGUCUUUUCAUGGAUUCUCUGCUUUUCCCUAGUAUAAUUACUUUUUAAAUUCCAUAUUCAAGGUGUUCUUUAAACACUGAAAAUGUGUCACAUUGCAUACACAUUUCUUUUAGGUUUAGUUUUUACCACUGAGACUAUAUAUAAAAUGUUGAAUUGUCAUUUAGUGUAUGAUAAUACUAUAUGACUUGUUUUGUGUUUAAUAAUGACUUUAAAUGCAGUUAAAUUUCAGUACACUGAAUAUUUCCCCCACAAAAUUGGAAAAUCCAUAUACUUGCUGUGAUCAUACUACAAAAUAAUACUGUCAGGGAUACAGGUGUACAAGAAUACAUUUACAGAUAUUAUUUAAAGCCUGGAACUAUUUGAUACAGAUUUUGAUUGAGUAUUUUCAUCUUCUUAUAGACUUUAUGUUCAUCAAAUUAGUAAUUCUAAAACAGUUUACACAAAAACAUGUAAGGACCAAAUUCUAUACUCAGCAUAGAAUUUUAGUAAAGGCUUUUGGGAACCUGUCUUUUGAAAUGACAGUAUAAGUAACAUAAUUUUUUAAAAUUUUUUAUUCAUUUAUUCAUGAGAGACACAGAGAGGGAGAGAGAGGCAGAGACACAGGCAGAAGGUGAAACAGGCUCCAUGCAGGGAGCCCGACAUGGGAUUCGAUCCUGGGACUCCAGGAUCACGCCCCGGGCCAAAGGCAGGCACCAAACCGCUGAGCCACCCAGGGAUCCCCCAAGUAACAUAAUUUAAAUUGGUCAUAAUUGACCCCGUGCUGAAAAAAAAAAUAAGUAAAAUUUAUCUUAGGACUGUUUUUUAACACCCACAUAUUAUUUACUCUUCAAGUUGAGAUAAAGUUUCUUGUAUAUUAUUUUACAUUUGUAUUCUACAAUUAGAGGUUCUGCUUUUUAGUUGUUAAUUUAUGAAAAUUUUGUCCUUGAAAUAAUUUUCGAUAAAACAGAUUAUUAAAUUUGGAUUGAGACAUCAAAAUUGCUAGAAGUGAAGUGGGGAUGAAACGUUGAGUCAGCACUAUUUAGGUUAGAAAAGGCAAGUCUCUAGGACAGAAUUUGUGACUACGAUUAAAGGUACAUAAGACGAGUAUAGCACAGAAUGAAUGACAAAAACAGUUUCACUUUUCUUAGGGUGUUUGUUUUUUGGCUAAGUAUACUAAAUUGUGAUAUCUGUUAUCGACAGGUAACUUUAACAGGUAACUUUGGUAACUUUGUUGUCUAAAAAUUCCUUUUCUACUUGAACUCUGGGAAAGGAAUUUAGAAUAAGCAGAGAAGUUUUGUAGCCUUUUUUAUCUUUACAGUUUUAGUAUAAUUUAUUAGAUGAGAUGUAAUGUUCACAGCUCUAAUAUUGUUAUUUUCAGGAACUUAUUUAAGUACUACUUUACAAAAAUUACUGACUGAAGCCAAAACAUUUUCAAUUAAAUGGAAGAGUAAAUCACAAGUCACAGUAAGAAAACAGAUUUCAUGUAAAUUAUUUUUUUCUGAUUGUAUUUUAUCAGUUUAGAACGGAAAAGGUAAGAGGACUAAACAUUUUCAUAUUUUAACAUUUUAUUUUGGGUACUUGAUUUAGUCUGUCAUUAUGUCAUAAUUAUAUAUUUACUUGAAUACAGAUGUCCUUUAUUUUAUUCUUUCUUUAAUGGAAAAUAGAACAGAAGUUGUUCUUCAGUUAAAAUUUCAUUCUUAAUAGAUUGUGAAGUUACUUUUACUGGACAAAUAAAAAUAUAUUAAGCUUGGUUGACAUUUUUUGAAGAUAAACUUAACUCUUUUUGCAAGAUUGCAAUUAAUAUAAAAAGUAUCUUUUUCUUCAUAUCGUGUGUAUUAACUACCAAUUUUUCUAUUUCUUUGUGAUUUAAAGAAAAAUAACAUUUACAUUUAUGUAAAAAUUACCUAGAAGGUUAUAAAUAAAAACAAGACCAAAAAAAAAAAAAAAAAAAAAAAAACCAAGACCACAAGUUCAAGUUUUGGGAAACCUAGAUGUUAGUCUGGAUACCACUAUGAACUUACUAUAAGAUUUAACUACAUUAAUUUUUAGUUUCCUCAGUGACAACAAUGGAGAUAGCUGCUACAUCUGCCUCAUGUGAGAGUGCUCUUAAAAAAUGAAAAGCAAAAUCAAAAGUAUGAUGUUACAGCAAGUAUAAGUUUUCUAAAUCUUUCUGUGUAUAUCAAAACUUCUUAAAUCCUGUAAAAAUGUUACAAAGGAUUUAUAUCUUGUCUAGAAUUUCAGAAUUGCAUAUACUAAAUUAUUAUUAUUUUUUUAAUUUUUAUUUAUUUAUGAUAGUCACACACAGAGAGAGAGAGAGAGAGGCAGAGACAUAGGCAGAAGGAGAAGCAGGCUCCAUGCACCGGGAGCCCGACGUGGGAUUUGAUCCCGGGUCUCCAGGAUCGCGCCCUGGGCCAAAGGCAGGCACCAAACCGCUGCGCCACCCAGGGAUCCCGCAUAUACUAAAUUAAAAAUCAAAAUUCACUUGUACUUAUAACUUUGCCCAAAAUGUAAUUUAAAAUUAUUUUGCUGAGAGAAUGGCCUGAGAAAAAAACACAUUGGAAUAUUUAUUCAACACAAGAAAUUUUGUCUUUUCAGCAUUGCCUUGAAAUGUUCUUUCAUAUUAGUUUUUAUUUAGCUUAUCUUAUUUGGGAGAAUGAACUAUUUCUUUUAAACUCAGCAAAUGCAUAAAUCCUGUAGAAUAGUUACAUAUUAUGCCCUGUGAAUAGUUUUUCACAUUUAAAGAAAUCAUGUUUCACCUAAGUCUUUUUUUUUUUUAAUAAUAAAUUUAUUUUGUAUUGGUGUUCAAUGUAA